AUGUCCAAUCUAUUCUCUGGGAUCAACGCCCGUUUCCGAGGCGGAUCAAACAAGUCCCCCGGUCCUCCUCAGAAGAGCCCAACCCCCUCCACCGGCCAGCUGCCCCUCUCCGAUUCUCAGUCACAAGGAAGCCAGUCGUCAGCCAGCCUCGCCCCGAAGGUACCUCCGCUGCCAAACUCGCCGUCACUCGCCCAGACCAUCGGCAUGGACGAGAACAACGGUAGCAUCCCGAGCGGUGAUGAGAUUAUCAACUCGUACCACCUUCCGAAGCCGCUGCCGCUAUGGCUCAACGCCAACUGCACAAAACACAUUGUCAAGGGCAACUUUAUGACCCUGAGUGCUAGACCGAAGACGGUUGAGCAAGGAGAAUGGAUUGCUCACCAGGUUGUUGAGCACUACCGAAACCUUUGGAAUUUUGUCCGCGUCGUCCACGAGAAAGAAGACACUGGUCUUUCGAUCUGCAACUCCACAACAUGCCCCCGUACCUCUGCCGGAACUAACCACUCGUUCACUUGGCUCAAUAGAGACCGUGAACCCGUCGAGCUACCCGCGUACGAAUACAUGACUUUAAUGCAGCGAUGGAUUUCCGGCAAGAUCGACGACCCGGCCAUCUUCCCUACCGACCCAUCCGGCGUCUCGUACUCUCACAACCCUGCGAUUACUACAACACCGCUGUCGCAGCUAUCCAACCCUGGCGAAAAGGAGUGGUUUGGCAAGCGAUCCGGAUUCCCUGACAAGUUUCUGGAGGUUUCCCAAAUGAUCUUUCGUCAAAUGUUCCGCGUAUACGCCCAUCUGUACUGGGCGCAUUUCACGGAGCCAUUCUAUCAUCUGAAUCUAGAGAAGCAACUCAACAGUUGUUUCUCUCACUUUAUCCUUACCGCUACAGCACUCGACAUGCUGGGCCCCAACGAGCUGGAGCCCAUGCAGCCUCUUGUCGACCUUUGGGCAGCCAACGGCACUUUCCCACCCGAGUCCAAGGCUUACGAGUACGCCAACCUUCGCGCUGGUGAGCGUCUUCUGCAACUGGCCGGCAUGGCCCAGCAGUAG